GCACAGUCUAACCAACCUAUAGGUGUGUGUUGACUUUAUCCCGCAGUCAGAACGUAUCGAUGUCCCUCAUCACGGCUUUGUCGACAGCCGCCAAGAAGCAGCAGCAGCAGCAGUCAGAAGGAACAAACGAAAAGACAGACAAUUUCGACGUCGAGCAAAUGCUAUUUUCGAUAGAAUGAGUGCUAACGCGGCUGCGUGUAUAUCUCUAAGCUGCGUUUCAUCAUCGCGCUUGUCUUCUCGUCGCCUGUGCUCUGACCGCGUUUAACUUACGGCUGUUUCGUGUGUGUAUGAGUGUUGGUCGUUUAUGUGAGCUGCGCAACGAGCAAACGAUUAGCCGAUUAUCAGCAAUGAGCGCAAUUGCUAUUAUCGCUGGUGCCGCCGUCGCCGUCAGUUCUGGUAGCACUCUCGGUAGUACUCUACGUUAGUCUUGCCGUCUCUGAGUUUGCCAAUUAGGUUAUGUGAUCGCGUGCUGCUUAGAGACUGCUUACACUGAAAUCGCGGUACAGUUCGGUACAACAACACAACAUGUGUGCUCAACUCUGUUUUAUACAAAGACAGCGUUCGUGUCAGUUGCUCCAUGCGUGUGUACGCGUUUUGCAGAUAUCUCAAAAGCGCAUAAGCAUAGAAGGUCCCACUGGUGAAACACAGACCAACAUAACACCGCCACCGAUCCUUCUUUGAUGUAUAAACACGACGCAGCUUUUCGGAACCUUUUCAGAACUUUUUUUCUGUGGCCGCUCAUUCGCUGCCAUUGCAACCGUGUAUCUGCGAUGUGUUGCUGAUGCGUUGUUAAUGCGUAAUUUAUUUCAUCCCGAAUCUUGUCAGGACCGAAGGUUUCUGCUUGUCCGAAAGUGAAGCAGAUGGCGUUGUCUGAUCCAUCUGAUCGGCAAUCUGAAUCGAAAACGAGCUCGCAUUGUCUGUGGGCAAAAAAGAAAGUGACCCCAUUCACCAACAGGUGGCCAGUUCCGGUAGGUGGAGAAGCUUAUUGAGCCGCCGCCAGCUGAAAUUUCAAUCAGCUUCUAAAAGAUCAUCUAGAAGAACCGCAAAAAAAGAAAAAGCAGAUUAAUAGAGAAUAUACAUUGCUAAUAGCUGCACACCUCGACACUACUGUAGUGUUAGACGAAGUAAGUUAGGCAAAAAUCUACGUUAUUACUCCCACUCGCCAGUACAAUUGUGCAUUGUCAACGACGACAAGUGAAAGUAGGGAGUUUUUCAAAGCGUUGCUCUGGAGGGUGCGCUGCCAUUUUCAUUGUAUGGUUGAUACGUACUUUGUGUGUUCGCGGGAAAUUCAGAGUCGUUGCCAAGCAACUGGGUCAAGCGCGAAGGAGUCGGCGAGUCACAAAAACGAGCCGAGUGGAGUACACAGCCCAGUAACGGCGACGCCAACGGCGACGAUCAUUAAUUACACCUAACGCCUCCUGCGCCCCCUUCUUCGACGAGGAACACCGUAGGGGCUCUCCGCGGCACGAGCCUGCAGCCCUCAUUGGCCUGGUACCUGUCGUGUGCAAUCAGACCCCAUCAAUCGCACUGUAACUGCCACGAACGGGCGUCGCGUAUCGCGAAAUCACCGUCGCAGACACACACAGAUAAACACGGUUUUCUUCUAUAUUUUGACGCCUCUCUCGCAGAGCGUGUUGCUACUUCUGCACCGUGUACUCUUCUUGUGGCCUUGUUUUUUUAAUUGUGUGUUUGUGUGUCUGUACCUCACGCCUUUUUAGCUCGCUCGACGUUAUCUUUCCUGUUGCUCUCUCGCUAUCUCUGGCCCACUUUUCGUAAACACGUCGCUUUGGUUGCCUUCAUUAUUGUCCUAGUUCUUGUUGUCCUUUGUGCCAUUGUACAUAACGUUGUUCUGCGCAUAGUGUGUGCUUAACAAAAGCACGCACGAACGCGCACAUUAGCGGUAAACAGUUGUGGCCCAGUGUAUGGCGAACGGUGCAACCGCAGCUUCAGCGGUGGAGCAACUAGGCUCGGCGGUGAUGGCCUCGCAGGUGCCGGUGUUCCCGCAAGUGCCUGGCGUCGGCGUUGGUGUCGCUGGACGGCCCGUGACAGGCGUCGGAGCAGCUGGAUUCGCCGCAGAUGCACGCACACUAGCUAUGUACACAGCCAUGCAGAACUCGGCAGCAGUCCAAGCGCUUCAGGGGGGCAUCUUUCCGGGCGUGCCACAAUCAGCCGCCGGACCCGCUCAAGUGGUGGGUGAUCUCGGCGGAAUGCAACAACAGCUCCAGUUGGCUGCAGCCCCUGGUGGGUUCUUCGCGGGAGCACCUGGAGCUGGCGGCGGACCCACAGUGGCUCCGCAGCCGCCUCACGCCAAGAAGGACGCCCUGGACGCCCCCAAAGCAGCCGCUGUAGCUCUACAAAACCAAGCCGCCGUGGUGGCUGCGGCGCAGGCCGCACAGGCCGUGCAGGCCGCCCAAGUUGCCAGCAGUCCACUGGCGAAUGGUCAACAUCCACCCCCAUUGCCGAUGAGCCAACAGCAGCAGCAACAACAACAACAGCAGCAGCAGCAAUCACAGCAACCACAGCCUCAGUCCCAACCUCCCCAGCAAAACGGAAAUGCACCCACACAGCAGGACAAGACCCUAACAAGCCCGCCUCCUCCUCCGUCGGGUGGCGAAGCGGAGCAGUCAGUCGUGGACGCCAGCGUAGCGACGACCUCGGAAACGCUGACGGAGAAAUCGUCCGCUUUGACGCCCGUAACUGCGCCCGUCGCAGUUGCCACAGCACCCCCAGCCGCACCAGUAGCACCGCCAGCUGCCUCAGUCCCAACCACGAAGGACGUGCCCAAGCGUUUGCACGUGUCCAAUAUACCCUUUAGAUACCGUGAGCCCGACCUCCGCAAUCUUUUUGGGGAAUUCGGGCCGAUACUCGAUGUCGAGAUUAUCUUUAACGAGCGAGGCUCCAAGGGCUUCGGCUUUGUGACGUUCGCGUCUUCUACGGACGCGGAUCGCGCUCGCGAGAAGCUCAACGGCACUCAGGUCGAGGGCCGCACUAUAGAGGUGAAUAACGCCACCGCUCGCACUCAGACCAAGAAACCCGCCAACUCGGCCGCCAAUAUGGCCGCAGCGGCCGCCGCAGAUUUACCGCUGGUCGCGGCGCUUAGGGGCGCGGCCCUACAGCGAGGUCGGGCGGGUGCCCUGGGCGGCGCGAAUGGUACUCGAGGCGGCCACGGUGGGGUAGUGCCGCACCACGGAGGCGCCGGUGCCGCCUCUGCCGCCACCGCGGCCGCAGCCCAGCUGGCUCUUGCAGCCGCAACGGGCAGGCUCGCACCCUCGCCCCUAGCCGCUCUGACCGCCGCCUACCAGCAGGCCGCUGAUCCGUUUUUAGCUGCUGCGUACGCCAACGUUGCCGCCGCCGCGGCCUCCGCUACCGGACAGACCACCGCAUUACCGGCCAACUAUGCCAAUGCAGCCUACACAGCAGCUGUGGCUAGACAGUACGUUGCAGCCGCGGCCACUCAACCCGCAGCAGCGACCGCUGCCCAGCUUGCAGCCGCUACGGCCGGAGCCUAUCCGGGACAUCCGGGCCAUCUCGCCAAUCCAGCCAAUGCGGCGGCCAUGUAUUAUGCCGCCGCCCAGGCCGCUCAGGCUGCCCAGGCCGCCCAGGCCGGUGCGGGAGUGGCCGGUUACCCCGGUGCGGCAGGACAAACCGCAGCUGACCCCUAUCAACAGUUCGCCGCCGCAGGACAAGCCGCUGCCGCCAUCGGACCCAUUGCCGGCUACGGGAGCAUUGCCGCUGCCCAAAAUGCUGCCGCCGCAGCUCAGAAUGCUGCCGGUGCGCCGGCGGGCCAAGGAGCGGCCGCGGCCGCACAGACCAAUGCGGCGCAGGCCGAGAUCCUCCGUCGACUGCAACAGUCAAGGCUCAAUCCUACCUUGCAGAGCGCCGCCGUAUACCGAAGUGGAUACAAUCGCUUUACACCCUAUUAAACCAUCAACAGUGACGAUACAGCACGCCCAGCCAAUUCAUCAUCGAUCACUCGUGUCUCGAUCGAAAAUCUGCAGCAUCCGGACGAGGACGUUGACGGCACGAGGGCAAGACGAAAAAAUCAAGCACUAUGAAGAAUUAACGAGAUACGAUGAAGCACGCAGGCAGCCAACACAGAGAACGUCCACCAUCACUGUCUUUUAAUGGCGAAACAUGCGAAAAAAACAAGAUGACUAAACAUGUGCCCGUUUCGUUAUGACGUGUUGUUUAUCGACGGACGUCGAAGGACACAGGCACAUGUAUAUACGUACAUAAUUACAGAUGGCCAACGUUCACAAUACUGUUGGUUGCACGGCGACUAGCUGAAAAAGGCGACAAUGAUAAGAAUGGUGACCACUGAUGAUGAUAACGAAACAAACGCAGAAAUAUAAAUGGCCUGUACUCGAGAGCGAGCGUCUCUAGUAGGACGAGGUAGCCACCGAAUCGACUGCAGCUACUAAAGGACUCUAGAAUUAUCGUCAGAUGACUGACGAGUAUCAUUACAAAUAACAAUAUGAAGUAAACUGCUUGCAAAAUGGCAAUUUCGCUUAAUGACCGACUGCUAGAAACAUGCAUGGGUAUGAAACCUAGACGAAAUGGACGGAAUAUAGCGAGAGGAAGUUGACAAACAGCACGUCGGCGGUCUACCAGAUUGUUUUCUCUUAAAAAUAAACAAGGUCCAAAUACAAACGAGAAACGUUGGUAGAAUAAUAGGCAGCGGCAGAAAACGGUCUUAAUAAAUUGAUUACACGAUUAUAUAUCCCGUACGUGCCCAGGCGUAACAGUGAUGUCGAAGUUGGUGCGAAGCUGGAAGAUUGAUUGAUGGUAAGAAGUCAUCUUCAAGGAAGCUCUUAUCCUAUACACAGUGCGAGCAGUCACAAUUGAACGAAUAAUGAAAGUGAAGACUCCGGAAACCAAAGCGGAAAAAAGUGACUACAGUUGACAAAACAGCUCUGAGCACCUUGUCCAGGUUGAUAGACGUUCAAGCGAGGUAAAAUGACUGAUGAUUAAGGAGAGGAAGCUCGACGGAAUGACAAUCCGGCGUGCCAACAAGCGACUCGCGCGGAUAACGACACACUUCCUACUUUAAUCGCACGCGGGCUCGAGAGAACCUUAACCGGGCAAGGGCAUGCUUUGGAUCAAGUGUACUUACGAAGACUGACAAAAAGCUAAAAAUGAAGCUGAAAAGCAGAAAAGGCAAUCCAGAAGCGAGCGGAAAAAUGAAAAUAUAUAGUGACAAUUAGGGUAUUGAUGAUAAUGACGACGGGCGCGUAGGACGAAACCGAAAAUUUAUUCAUUCACAUAAUAUUUCGAAAGUAAAACAGACAGAAGUAGAAGUUCACUUUUUGGCACCUAACAUUUUGCCGAACCCCAUUAGAGAACUUGGCCGAACGGGAAGUCCAAUGAUACAAAUUCGGAAUCGGAGAUGACAGUUCAUUGAAACCUAGUUCUAUGUAUUUUUCUCGAAACAAUAUAAGACAAGUAAACUAAACAGUAACUGAAAAAGCGAAAAGCUGAGUAGAACGGAAGAUGUACACAGAGAACUGUUAUGUACGUUAUUUGUAUGGAUUGCGUUACGAGGGAUCGGCAAGGCGAAAAGGGCCGGAGUGAUGGACGAAUAGCUUGAUCGUCGAUUAGUCUUUGAGAAUAGAUAUACUCGAAAGAAAACACGUUCACGCGCGUACUUAGACACGUCGAUAUACCAAUACGCUGGCACAUCGGGACAGGAAAAGCAUCGUGGUAAUCGUGUGUGAACAUACAGGCACAUUUGUUGCCCCGGGGGGUAAACAAAAGCGAUCGCCUUUUUGGUCGGCGUCACGCUUUCGAACACUACCGUCGCGACGUAGCCGCCAAAAUGUUCAUUGUAUUUCGUUUGGCUUCAGUCCGCAGAAAAGUCGUUUAGGCCCGUAACCUAGAUUUAUUUUGAUACCUAACUACUCCGGGGCUUUUUUUGGUCAGUAGUGCCUCAAGUAGAGACACAAGAGCCAAAUAGGGCAGUUUUCGAUUACGAACGCUAAAAACGAUCGAGCUCUAAUACUCGUUUUCCUGCUUUUGUUUUGUGACUCGUUCUAUUUUGCACUUGACGGCAUUUGAUAAAGCACGGCCUUAGCAUGGAGUUUGAAUAUGAAUUGUCAAUAAUGAUAUUAUCACGAUUACUAGUAUAUAUAUUAUAAUAUUGAAUAUAAUCAAUACAUUAUUGAUACAAUCAAUCAAUCAAUCCUACAUGAUGAUGACUAUUAACAAUAUUUUUGCUAGCAUGUAACUAGUAGCAUCGUAUUAUAUACAUGUGUAAUGAUCGUAUUUGUUUGGUAUGAUGAGAGACUCGAACCUGGCUGAUUCACUCAGGGGUGCCUCUCUUUUACCAUGACAUUAUCGCUAUAAUAUGAGAUAUUGUUACCACCCUCUAGCGAUCAUAAUCAUUGCUAUUACGACUAUAUGAAUAUGAGUCUCAUUAUCGUUUUGGUGACGUAGAUAGACAACAAGAACUUCAUUUAUUAUUACGCUGUGUGUGUGUAUAUAUAUACACGAUAAGUAUGAUGAGAAGGUUUUUUUUUACAUACACACUGUAUUUCUUCGCUCUGUGCGCGUAUGCGAUUUGGUUGCAAGCUUCAAUACAAACCCACCAAUGCUCAAGGAUGCUAGUCUCUUUCUGCGUUUAGUCUUGAGAUGAGUUUUGCAAUGGGAAUGAGCCGCUCACCUCCCACCGUGCCAUGGCGGGAAGCUAACGCAAAAAAAAAUAGGUGUCGCUUUGAAAAAGUGAACAAUUUGAAAAUUAGCGCGGGUAGCCAAAUUCAAACGCCGAUAUAUGGAUUAGCCUCUCGGCAUCGAUCCUGUAUCGCGACAAUAACGCGGCCUGUCGUCACCAUAGUAGUAACGGGAUCCGAUAGAUUCGUUUUUGGUAACGAGUUUCUUAAUGCUGAGGCCCUACGGCGCCCAGGGGAGCGUCGCGUAUGCGAUACAGUAUCAGGAAAAACAUACAAAUAGAACAAACAUGCUUUAACGCUUAAAGUGGCCGUUUUAGUCGGCAUCUCCAAGCAGAAAAUAGCGGAUAGUUUCUGUUGGCAUGAUUGAUGAUAUGGUCGUAUGAAUAACAACCGAUGUAGCAGCAGUAGUAGUAAUGCGAAUCAGUACGAUGGAAAAAAAAAGCAAAAAACACACAGCAGUGUAUGAACACAUCAUCAAUAAUACCAGUCAAUCAAUAGCAAAACAAUGUAACCUCCCCGCGACAUUAUAUAUAUAUAUAUAUACAUACAAUCUCAUUCAAUCAUCAACCAGUGUAUAAUAUAGUAUCAAUGUAUGUUAACAAGACGACGAAUGAAAUCCGACUCAUGAAUCGUUUCCUUAUUAGUGAACCAUUUACACAACAUAUAUCCACCCUAAGUAAUUGAUUGAUUGCCGUCAACUUUGUCAGACAGUGAACGGAACGCCCAUAGUAACUUAACAGGCAUAUACAAUUCAAGCAAUAUAAUAUGCGUAUUCUUGGUAUACGUGUGGGCUCCGCUAAGAACAAUUCGAUUGUCAUCCUCUUCUUUGCAAUACGGUAUUACUGAAUACAGUCGCGACGCAAUUUGUGAGUACUGGAAAAUGGCGCACGUAUGACGUCGGUAUGUUGCACGACUCUAGCACUGGCAACUGCCACCAAAGGUCCUGCCUCGAUACGGACGCUACACGCAGCCCCAUAUAUGCUCUCCAUAUAACACACCCUAAACCUAAACUUUACCUAGUAACCUCUUACGACGUAGCCUAUUACACGAAUAUUUGAUUAAAACAAAAAAAAAUUGGAUGAUUACAAGUAUCAUCGGCGUGGUAUUUAGGAAAUGGCAGCAUCUCGUUACUUCAGAUGUUUGGCAUCUACGUGUCGGUAAACAUAACAGUGAUAAUAAUAUAGGAUAGCGAACACGGCAAAUCAUAUGUAGUAGAAGAACGGAUCAUAUACAGCAGUUGACCCUAUCAUAGUAACAUGAUUAUGAUAACUUGUAACAAUGAUGCUAUGACUAUUGCACACUCCAAAUUAUCCUCUAAAUGUUUAACAAGUAUUAUAUCGAGUAGAAAAGAUAUGGCGAUGGAAGCAUCAACUGGCUAUCUAUGAGUGGUAAUAACAGGAGGCAUAGGCUUACUACGCACUCGUAUACCUCUUAGCGAUCGAUCACAAUGCUAUAGCGACGAGGGGGCUGACCUCCUAAUGGGGACAGAUGUGCGCUUGUUCUGGUUAAUAAUGAUAAGGACUGGCGUCUUCGUUGAUGUCCUCUCAUUGCCUUUAUACAAUCAUGUCAUUGCGUCAUGUGACGAUAUUUUCGCUCUACCGCGGUAACUUAGGCUACAUUCGGUAGGCAUCAAACCAAACCAGAGUACAGUUUGCACCCGUCCAUGCCAUUGUGAAUCGGGCGUAAGAGGGGCAAUGAAGUUACGCUCAUUACCUUCCAUUUUGUCAUGCCAACGAGAGGAAGAUGUCAAAGAAUAUAUCAAUACGAUGCAAAAGAAUACGAGAAUAAUCGAAAGGAAUGAGAAUCAUAAGGGACAAUAUGCAUACUUUAUCGUACGUACUUGGUCCGGAGAUCCCAGCGAACAGACAUGCUCAUCAGCCGUCGGGCGGACUAUUUGUGGGAAGAUGCGGUAAUGAUCAUAAACUGCUUUUCUCGGUUUCUACCGCCUGUGCCAUUCCCACUAUUUUGACCCUUACGUUAACAACAUUGACUCUCCAUUGUAUUGAUCCAUCCAUUUCUCUACCCUUAAGCAGCUACCGAAGCAUCUGCAUAGAUAGCUAGCUGAUCGAAUGUUUUUAAUUGAACGAGAGAUCCUUGAAUGUAAACAUCACCUGAACAUGGGUAAUUUUUCUAACCCCAGACCCAAGAUUGAUCGAACGUCGGUAUGGAAAGGGUCGUCGUGGAGUCUUCUGGCGACCCUAGGGAUCAUCGAGGUGUGUUUUACUUUCUCAGCUAUAAGAAGCCAAGCUUCCGCUCGACAACUGAUGACAAUCCGUGUUAGGCUAGUCUGCGUUACGUAGCGAUGGUAAUGAAUUGAUAACUAUACAGUUGACAGUAAUGAUAGAAUCGCUAUAUCGAAAAAAAGCGAUUGAGGAGAAACCAGGAAACUGACAUAUUAUCGUGAGCGGUCCUUGAGGUUUCGGUAAUACGAGAAAUUUAAAGAUGCAGGAAUGGUCGACCGAUCGAGAUUCUUAUGACAUUAUUAACCUCAAGAUAAUGACACAAUGUAGAUGAACAUUUCAAAGGAACACUAUUACACGAAAUACAUAAGAUCUUGAUGAACACUGAUUGAUACGAGAUAGAUAAUAUAAGAGUUGGCAUUGACUAUAUAUUCAUUACAAACUCGCUAGGAUAACGCUCGCGGAACACGUUGAAAUAAAAAAAAAA